AUGCCGUGCCACGACGAGUGCCAUGAGGACCACGACCACGACAUCCCGCUCGAGAGUGGGCCGCAGGAUAGCCUGUACAAGGUUGUCGACACGGAGCACGUGCGGGCGCUGAAUGCUGAUGGCGGACCAGAGAAGGGAAAGGUUGUUAUCAAGGACUGGGCAAACCGAGACGACGAGACGAUUUUUGCGAACGGCGCCGGACUGGACUUCUCAGACGCCGAGGACCGGGAGCCGACGCAAACCUUCGAGGUGGUGGACACGCGAGAGCCGGCCGAGUACCAGGUCAAGGCUGCCAAGUUCGCCAGCGUAACCAGCCUCGCGCUCUUCUUCCCGCACAACAUCUCCGAGGGCGACGACGACGAGACGACGAGAGUAUACUAUGUCGGUCUGAGGGGGAGCUGGCGGCCGUUACCGAAUGCGCUCGGCCAGAUUGUGUAUGAGGCGGCGCCGAGACCGACAGACCACAAGGUCAAGGGAGACGCUAUGGCAGCCGCGCCGAGGCAGGGGUUCUAG